AGGAAGGACGACGGUCAGGUAUAUAACCCCGUCUCACACACUCACUCGACACUAGAACGUAGACAGAACCUCAGCUGUUGAAAAAUUACAAGUUGUAGCAUACCAUACUGACAAAAUGAAAACUUACAUGAGUGUCGUCCUGCUUGCCAUGUCCCUCGUGGUCAUUGGUGCUCAAGUGCCCGAGGAGGCGGAGAGAGGACGCUUGUGUUUCUUGUGCGAGAGAGUCGUGCAACGUCUGGAGCAGCUGCUGCAAGAGAGCUCCCCGGCGCAGAUUGAUAGUGGCCUAGACAGGUUGUGUGACUUCGCCCCCGGUCCCUUGAGGCCUAAGUGUGAGAACUUGGUCCAACAACGUGGGUCACUUCUGGUCCAACUGCUGCAGCAUAUUCCUAAAGACCGUCUGUGCGUCCUCAUUUGCCGCUCCAACAACGCUGAAAACUAGAUCUAGAGGAAGAUUGUGAGCCCCUGUUGUGAGCUGGAGGACCAGGUGUGUAUAGUUGUCGCGGGAAUUGGUCUCCACGAAGUUUGGCCACGCCAGGGAGGGCGUCCAGGCCAUGUCCACAUGGGUGACGUCACAAGACCUCGUCCCAUCGGUCACUCUGUUCGUCCGUUGGUGUUACAUUUCUUGCCACAGCAGGCCCACGUCUUCCCCGGUCUCUGUUGACGUAUUGUGUCGACCAUUGUUGGCUGGUUGUUUUAUGAUGUAGACAACUGUUGUAUUUGUUGUAGACAACUGUUGUAUUUGUUGUAGACAACUGUUGUAUUUGUUGUAGACAACUGUUGUAU